AUGUCGGAGCGGCUCGCAGAGCAGGCGGUCCAAGCCGCGAAGAAGGACCUGCUGGAUGAUGUCAAGCCCUGGGAGAAACAGAAGGCGAGGUUCACUUUGGUCGAGAAUCCCCCGAGCAUCAUGAAACUGCAGACAGGAAAGAGAGCGAGCAUGAAGCCUUCGGUGCGUGCUUCGACGGCCGUUACUCCUCCUCGCAGUGAGUCGCUCGAGCGAGACCGAGACCGGUCGGCACCUGCAUCCCCCGUCAGACAAAGGACUGCGCCCAAUAAGAUCAACGAGCUGGACAUGCAGGAGAGGCUCUUCUGCCAAGACAUGCGCCGCCUGACCGCCAUGGCAAAAGCCUGCGCUGAG